UUCUCAUCUCUCAGCAGAGGUGCGGUGAGCCGGUGGGGGGACCGCGAGGCAAGCGCGGGAGCCCGGGCGGCGAGUGAGCUGCCCGAAAAUGCACUCGGAUGCUGCAGCUGUCAACUUUCAGCUGAACUCUCAUCUCUCAACACUGGCAAAUAUUCAUAAGAUCUACCACACCCUUAAUAAGCUAAAUCUAACAGAAGACGUUGGCCAAGACGAUCACCAAACAGGAAGCCUCCGGUCUUGCAGUUCUUCGGACUGCUUUAGUAAAGUGAUGCCCCCAAGGAAAAAGAGAAGACCUGCUUCUGGAGAUGACUUAUCGGCCAAGAAGAGUAGACAUGAUAGCAUGUAUAGAAAAUAUGAUUCAGCUAGAAUUAAGACAGAAGAAGAGGCCUUCUCAAGUAAGCGGUGCUUAGAGUGGUUCUAUGAAUAUGCAGGUACUGAGGAUGUUGUAGGUCCUGAAGGAAUGGAGAAAUUUUGUGAAGACAUUGGUGUAGAACCUGAAAAUGUAGUUAUGCUUGUGCUAGCUUGGAAAUUGGAUGCACAAAACAUGGGCUAUUUUACCCUACAAGAAUGGUUAACAGGAAUGACUUCUUUACAAUGUGAUACAACAGAAAAACUCAGAAAUUCUUUGGAUUGCUUGAGAUCAUUAUUAAAUGAUUCUACAAACUUUAAACUUAUUUAUAGAUACGCAUUUGACUUUGCACGGGAAAAGGACCAGCGCAGCCUAGACAUAAACACUGCAAAGUGCAUGUUGGGACUGUUACUAGGAAAAAUCUGGCCCCUUUUUCCAGUUUUUCACCAAUUCUUAGAGCAAUCAAAAUAUAAAGUGAUUAACAAAGACCAGUGGUGCAAUGUGCUUGAAUUCAGCAGAACCAUUAAUCUUGACCUCAGUAACUACGAUGAAGAUGGAGCGUGGCCGGUCUUGUUGGAUGAGUUUGUGGAGUGGUAUAAGGACAAACAGAUGUCCUAGGACUGUAUGCCUGGCAGCGAGAGAGUCACUGUUACCAGUUACGUCACCCAUUAGCCAUAAAUUGCUGUUUGUAUCAAAGCGCAUGCUGCUUUUCUUGCACUGUCUCCCUUUCACAGGGAUGUUUUGGUGUUUGCUGUUGAAUGGGCCAGCUCUGCUUGCUGUGUAGCAUUGUUCUCUUGGAAGGCUGCUUUCCAGUUUGUAUUUACACUACAGAUUGGUGAAUUUGCCAAUGUCCUCACUGUGAUUAUGUGUAUAUUGCUGUUUAAAUUUUGUAUAUGUGUAUAAAAAGCUUCACCUAGAGAUUAUUUCUGCAAAAAUGUAUUGUAAAAAUAAUUUUGUGGCAUAUUUCUAGUCCCUUUUUUCAAAUGAACCAGUUAUAUUUUAUUUGGUCUCAAAUGUAGCAUUUCAGAAAACAAGACAAAACAACUGUUACUGUGAGCAAAUGUUGCCAGAACUAACCUAGUUUAAGAGGCCAAUUUCUGCAAGAGGUGGGAGAAGUGAUAACUUUUCAAUGGCUCAUGCCAAAUAUCAUUUGUUUUGCUUGAUAAUAUUAGCAUUCUAAAAUGAUGAAAAUUAUAAUUAUUGACCAUGUAACACCACAACUGAUUUUCACCAUGCAAGAGACAGUUUUCUGGUUUUUUAAUGUUAAAACUAUAGUAGCUUAAAUAUAGGUACAAAUGAACAAUUGAAAUCGCACCGUUUUAAAAUUUUCAGGUUUAAAUUCUCAUAAACCUUCUGUACUGCUUCCCCUUCUCCCUCUUGGAUUCCCCGUCCAGUGUUUGGUCUGUGAUGCUCUGUGUGCCACUCUAAAGUUUAUCUUGCCGCCUCCACGAAAACAUGCUGGCUUCCUGGCAAUUUAUAAAUGCGGCGCAAUUUUAGUUGUGGCUUGAAUCUUUUAGUUAGAUUUUACAUUGUCUAAUUUUCUAGUGUUUUGGAAAAGAAACUGCUAGUGAGAGGUGUUUUGUUUUGUUUUCCUUGUUUAUUUCAUGCUAGGCUUUUCCUGGCAACAUGUUCAUUGCAGGCAGUGGACACGAAACCACCAGCAUCGAGCUAAUUCUUCUCACACUCCAGGACCUUUCCUGGAGGGGCCACUUGUCAUUACCUGAAUCAUUUGUACAGAGAGUGAUAGUUGUUAUUUAUGCGUAUGAGGAAACAAGGAUGGUAUGUUUAGAUUUGUAUUUGUCUUUUUUUUUUCCUGCCUUGAGAAAAUGUAUGGAGUACAUGUUUUCACCCCACCUAUCUGGUGCUAUUGAAUGACUAACCUGGUCCUUGAAGUUUUGUAAACACACAAAGGUCUAGCGAUUUAACCAAGUGUAGAGCUAAGGUGCAUUUGAGCAAGUAAUUGCUGUGGUUGUGGGCAGUACCCAUGCUUGAGCAUGUAAUUGGAUUAUUGGCCAAAAAGUUUUCAGAUUAAAUGUGAAUCUUUAGAUGAUGUUAAAUGAGUAAAGCACACAGACAAUGCUACUCUUGACCAUUUUUUUUUUUACAGUUUCUUUGCAAAUGGUGUUCUGAUUUUCAUAUUUUUUCCCCUAACUGAACCACCAAAGACAGAAAUUUUGUGUAUAUAGUGUGUGUGCAUAUACAAAAUCAUGAUACAGUAGAAUACAGCUAUUUCCUUUUUCUUCUGAACAAUAUGGUUUGGUUUGCUGUGAAAUAGACCAGAAAUUUUAAAAACAAUAGUGAUUAAGCAUACUUAGCCAUUCCUUGCUUUUAGUCUCACUUUUAACCGUAAGAGUUUAUAUCAGUAUACAUAAGUUAAUAUCUGGAGAGGAAAGGAAAUGUCAGUAGUAUUCAACAGCUAUUAAGACUGCCUCAUUGAAAGGCAGUCCAGUUCGUGUUUGUUGUUACAGUGGGGCUUGGCCAUUGGCAGGUUUGAAUCUGUGAAGAGCUGAACUAUUUUCAUAUGUAGCCUAGUGAAAUGUUUAAAUAUCACACUUUAAAGGCAACAGGUCUUAAACUUAACCUCUGUUUUACUGCAAGCAGAUAGAAAUCAUGGGUGAAAUUCUUUUGAAUUUUAUGCUAGAAUCUGGAGAAUUUUUUCAACACUAAGCACAGUUAAUCCUUAAUAAGGGGAUAGUAACAAGGAGGAGAUGGUACAUUUCAUCCACAGUGAACAUUUUGAUAAAAGAAAACGCAAGUAAAGACAAUUUUAUGUUUGCUAUAUGAUAUGAAAACAAGUAUUCCAGUGGGAUAAUAUGAAUAUUUAGAAAACAGUCUCUAAACUACAUUGGAAAAUAAGCCUCUGUGCCUGCUGUUUGCAGAGUGCUUACCCUUGCUUUUCUUCAUUUUGCAUAUUUUUAAGGGAGAGUCAUAAGACACUUUUUUUCCUAAAAAUUUGCGUGAGUUACACAAUACCAAACAAUUCGUCAAACACUUACUUGUAGGCUAAUGUCUAAUAAACUAGGGUGCCUUCAUCUGGUUUUUCUUUAGUACGCAAGUCUCCUACAUCCUUUCUGUCUUGCCUUGUGUUUUGAAGUCCAUUUUGCAAUGCUCUCUUGGUAGGGAAUACAACUUUUCAGGUCAGAAAUUUCAGUGUUUGAUUUGUGUUUACCCACUGUCACAUUACAUGCCCCUUUUUGAAGCAUGAACUUUGGAUUAAGUUUUUAUAAACUAACUAAACAGACCUCUAGAUUCUGGAUGAGCAACAGAUUUCUGUUGCCUUUUGGUCCCCAGUCUGACAGUGCUUUUGAAGUUUAUACAGAAGGCUUUAAAAGUUACUUUGUGCCCUCAGUUUUUAUUCUUACAACUGCUAAGAUACCUCUGUAAGCCUUAUCCUUUAUUCUUUCAUAAGUUGUAUAAUAAAUGUAUAGAACUCAUUGACCAACAAAAUUGUUGGGUAUCUGUAAAUGAGACCAAAAUGUGGGUUGCUUUUUUUUUUUUUUUUUCAUAAAAUAAUUUCUAUUUGGGGGUUACUGUUAAAUGAACAGCAGCUAACCUAUAACUGUGAAUGCUUCGUGUCGUCAGUAUUUGCAUUACAGUCAUAACAGUGUGCAAGUCCUGUGACUCCCAGCUUAACUAAAAUACUGUCAUGCCACCGAACUUGAGUAUAGCAUACUGGUUUUAGGUUUUAAUGGAAUUGGUGUAAAAUGAUAUCCCAUAAAUAAAAAGUAUUUGUGUUUGAUUUCA